UAAAAGUUUCCAGAGGUGGAAAAGGCUUGUCUUUAGUAUGAUUUUGAUCAUAGGUACAUCUACACUUUCACUGGAAUAGAGGACUGGCUUCCUCAGUCUUUGUAGUAACAGACCUGAAACUGCUGCAUCAUGGAAACCGAGUAUUCUAAAAGGGCCUAUCAAGGGGUUAGGGUCAAGCACACAGUGAAAGAUUUACUGGCAGAGAAACGACAAAGACAAACAAAUGGACCAAGAUAUAGUGGAGGAACAUCCAGUCAAUCGUCAUUUGUCCAAAUGCCAGGGUCUCACAUGAUCCCUGGCUACUACAGCAUGAGGCGACCCUUCAUCUCUGACUCGGACUUCUCCCCCAAGCAGUUUUCAGCCGAUGUCUACUCCUCAUCCCUUGGGGGCAAGCCUCUGGGUUGUGAUUCAUCGGCCAUGUCGGGAUACUCCUCCUUCAAAGACAGCUACUACCAGGAAACGUUCGGAGACUACCGCAGUUCAGCCUUCACCACCGGAGGGAGCUCCAUCUUCCCCAGCUCCGCCCUGUCCAGUCUGCUACCAUCUUUCUCCGGAGAGUCCCCCCACUUCCUCCUGAGAGAUUCAUGGGAGCAGUCAGUGGCAGACCCAGUGACCCAGGGAGAGGGCUUGUGUGCAGACAGCCUGACCUCUGUUCCAGUCUCCCUGCCCAGCCCCGACCCUCCUGGGAGCCCCUCACAGUACCGCUGCUCCACCCGUAGCUCCUCCAUGGCAUCGGCACAGCCCUAUGCCCUUCACCCUCUGGAAGAAGUACACUACCACACCUCUUACCCUGCUGCCUCCACUUUCACAUGUCCUUCCUAUAUGACUGUCUCCAACGACCUAGCCUCCAAGAUGGCCCCUCUAGCUAAUGAGGACUCUGACAGUACCCUCACCACACAUAGUGACACGCACUCGUGGGUGAAAGAAGAUGUCGGAAGCUCUUGGUCACCAUAUGAGAUUCGGAGGACUUAUUAAGUCAAUUUGGAAACAACCUGUCCUUCACAGAAAACCAAAACAAUGCUGAUGCAAGCAAUUCAGCUCCUUUUGAUCCAAAUAUUUGACUUUUUGUAGACUUUGCUUAUCACUUUAUAGAAGUACAAAGUGAAACUUUUACUUAUUUGACCCUCCUAAGUCCCCUGGUGACAUACAGUAAGAGCUGGGCGCCCACUGGUUGCAUCAACGUUGUUUACACGGCAUUUCAAUGAAAUGACCUUGAGCCAACAUGGAAUAGACAUUGAAUUGACAUUUAUGAUUCAGUGGUUAGACCUAGAAUGACUUUGCCUGUGUUCAAAUGUUUGAAAUAGAUGUGUUUCUAUACCGUCAUUAUAUUACAAAAACAUCAUUUUUAUUUAUAUACUGCCAUGGCGACAAUUACGAUGAACAUGUGACAACGAUCUUUAUUUUUGCUAAAGGUUGUUUUACUUUAACGUUCUUCUUUACUUAAUAUCAUCUUGUUGUCUGCUUUAAUAACCAAGUCAGAGUUUGUCAAACUGUAUCUGCUUCAUGUUAGCCUUUACUCGAUGACGCUUUGGUAAUGAAUAUGUACGUUUUUUAAAUCUUUCGCAUCUUUUAGGAUUUUGUUGCAAAACAUUCUUUAGUAGUAAUAGGCAGAGGUGACAACUCAAUGAAAAGUCUUGAAUAUAAUGAAAGACAAUCAGAGAUGACCAUCUACAGAAUACUUCAAGAAGUGAAUGGGAAUCUACACCUGAAUAUUUUACUUUCAAAGACAAUGCAGUGAUCUGAAUUGGUCAAUGGGUGCAAGUGAUUUACCAUACCCCCAGUUUCCCUGAUUAAUCAAUGCUUCCUGUGUUUGGCGUUUCAUUUCAAGAAAUAAAAAACAUAGAUAAUGUAUAGGGCAGUAGAAUUCUUUAUUAUAAAUCCAUUAUAAUAAAAGACACUGCAAUAAAUGAUUGAAAAUGAAACAUAUUUUUUGCUAAAAUGACACAUGAAAAAAACAUUACUUUUCCGUUGAGUUAUAUUUUGUUCUGUCACCACUACAUCGAAUUAAGACUGAGGGAGAACCUACUAACGUAUAUCCCACACUAGAUGGCGCGGUUGUUUCAUGUUACAUCUUCUCUUACGAUAUCAGCGUAAUUCAUGGGGGGGAA